GGGGAGAAACCUUAUCAAUGCAAUCAGUGUGGAAAGACAUUCAGUUGGAGCUCCCAUCUUGCUGUACAUCAGAGAAUCCACACUGGGGAGAAACCUUACGAAUGCAAGCAGUGUGGAAAGACAUUCAGUUGGAACUCCUGUCUUGCUGUACAUCAGAGAAUUCACACUGGGGAGAAACCUUAUCAAUGUAAUCAGUGUGGGAAGACAUUCAGUUGGAGCUCCCAUCUUGCUGUACAUCAGAGAAUCCACACUGGAGAGAAACCUUAUGAGUGCAAACAAUGUGGAAAGACAUUCAAUGAGAGAUCCAGUCUUGUUGUACAUCAGAGAAUCCACACUGGGGAGAAACCUUAUGAAUGCAAUCAGUGUGGAAAGACAUUCAAUGAGAGAUCCAGUCUUGUUGUUCAUCAGAGAAUUCACACUGGGGAGAAACCUUAUGAAUGCAAUCAGUGUGGAAAGACAUUCAAAGUGAGAUCCCAUCUUGCUGUACAUCAGAGAGUCCAUACUGGGGAGAAACCUUAUGAAUGCAAUCAGUGUGGAAAGACAUUCAGUCGGAGCUCCAAUCUUACUGUACAUCAGAGAAGCCACACUGGAGAGAAACCUUAUCAAUGUAAUGAGUGUGGAAAAACAUUCAGUCAGAGAUCCGUUCUUGCUGUACAUCAGAGAAUCCACACUGGGGAGAAACCUUAUGAAUGCAAUCAGUGUGGAAAGACAUUCACUCAGAGCUCUAGUCUUGUUUAUCAUCAGAGAAUUCACACUGGGGAGAAACCUUAUCAAUGCAAUCAGUGUGGAAAGACAUUCAGUUGGAGCUCCUAUUUAGCUGUACAUCAGAGAAUCCACACUGGGGAGAAUCCUUAUGAAUGCAAUCAGUACGAAAAGACAUUUAGUUGGAGUGCCAAUCUUGAUCAUAAUCAGACAUUCCACACUGGAGAGAAACCUUAUGAAUGCAAUCAGUUUGGAAAGACAUUCAGUUGGAGCUCCUGUUUUGCUAAUGCAUCAGAAAAUUUACACUGGGGAGAAACCUUAUGAAUGAAAUCAGUGUGGAAAGACAUUUAGUUAGAGCUCCAGUUUUGCUGCAAAUAGAGAAUGCACACUGGGGAGAAACCUUAUAAUGCAAGUGUCAAAUUUUUUAUUGAUUUCUCCCUUUUUCAGCUUAAGAGGCUAUGAAACAAUAAGAUUUCUGAAUAAGAGACCUGCUGAUGUGCAGUUUGUCAAUUGGUGACAGUUAGAAGCAUGUGGCCAAGGGAUGUUGGUAUGUUGCAGGCAGUUGGAAAGAGCUUCUUGUCUCUGGGUCCCCUGGGACUAGGAUUGUGUGACUUGAUCUCUUUGGAACUGGGAGUUUCUAACUAACAGUUGGAUAAAGAGAACUGGAUUUAUGGCCUUUACAGCCUCUGAUUACUGAUUAACUUGGGCAGAUAGGUAGAUAGAUAGUGGGCAUAUUAGAUAGAAAGUAAGAGCCUAGACUGGGCCUUGGCCUGGCCAAAGAUACUGCACUUGAAGGCAGAUAGAUUUAAGGUUUUUUUUAGAAAAUUUUAGUUAGGAUUGGGAUCUU